AUGGACUCCUUCGAAUACAACGCCAAUCCCGGCCGAGUCAUCUUCGGCAGCGGCACCUUGAAGAAGCUCCCCGACGAGCUUGCCCGCCAAAACCUCAAAGCACCUCUCCUCCUCUCGACCCCGCAGCAAGUCUCCCAAGCCGAGAAUGUCAAGACCGUCCUGAACGGCCAAGUGGCCGGCAUCUUCACCGAAGCCACCAUGCACACUCCCACCCACAUCACCGACAAGGCAUUGGAAUACGCCAAAGCCCAGAGCGCCGACUGCGUCGUCUCCAUCGGCGGUGGUAGCACCAUCGGCCUGGGCAAAGCCAUCAGCAUCCGCACAGGACUGCCGCACAUCUGUAUCCCGACCACCUACGCAGGCAGUGAAAUGACCCCGAUUCUGGGUGAAACCGCCGACGGAUUGAAGAAGACUCGCUCCGACCCGAAGAUCCUCCCGGGGACUGUAAUCUACGAUGUGGACCUGACUAUGACUUUGCCGGUGGCCAUGAGUGCGACGAGCGGUGUCAAUGCCAUCGCGCAUGCGGUGGAAGCCCUCUACGCGCGCAACACCAACCCCGUAAUCAACCUCAUGGCCCUAGAAGGUACCCGGGCCCUCGCCUCCUCCCUCCCCGAAAUCGUCCAGAACCCCAGCUCGCCCUCCGCCCGCUCCUCCGCCCAAUAUGGUGCCUGGCUCUGUGGUACCUGUCUCGGCAGCGUAGGCAUGUCCAUCCACCACAAGCUCUGCCACACGCUCGGCGGAAGCUUCAACCUGCCCCAUGCGGAGACGCACACGGCGGUGCUCCCGCACGCUAUCUCCUACAAUGCGCCGAAGAUCCCCGAGGCGAUGAAGAAGUUGGCCGAGGCGCUGCCGGAGAGUAACGGGGAUGCGAUUCACGGGCUGAACGUCCUGUUGGAGAAGUUGCAGGUUAAGCGUGGAUUAAAGGACUUUGGUAUGAAGGAGGAGGAUAUUGAUAAGGCGGCGGAUAUUGCGGUUAGCAACCCGUACUGGAACCCUAGGGAGAUUGAGCGUGAGCCGAUUCGGGAGUUGAUUCGGAGGGUGUGGGCUGGGGAGCCGGCGAGGGCGGAUUUGUAG